GGAGCAGGAGUGGGUGUUCGUGGUUCUUCCUCCUUGUAUGCUCGCCAAGCGGUGCAGAUGCAUGACAAGUCCAUCGGUGUUUACUCGCCCGUCGAACUGCCGUCUAGCGCGUGGGGAGGGGCGGUAGGCAACGACGAUCUGUCUGCUGCAUGGGCACCGGGGAGUUCGCAGGGUAUGGCGCAUUCCCCGUACGGAUCGGUCAUGUCAUGCGGUGUUACAGGUCCACGACGCUCGUCGCCGGGUGGAAGAAUGGAGAACGUCGUCAUGGCCGAUCACACGGAAAGGCAGUCGCACGUUCCCGCAAACGCUCAGCCACAGCCCCAAACCAUGCGCGCUCAGGUGCAAGGUCCAGUGCCUGCACGUUUGUCUGACGGUGGAUUCAUGCAUGGUCAGUUGUCGGGGUGGGGGGGUGGAUUUUCAAGCUUUGGAACAGCUGGCGGUGGAGAAAGGACUGCGUUUGCGGUUGAGGGGUGGCAUGGCGAGACAGCUGCGAUGCAGUUCGGUGAUGAGGCCGUUGCUUCUUCCACACCUUCUCGGUCAGGGGGGCCUGCAGGCAAUGUCACGGGCAAAAGGACAGCGGACAAUGCUGUCGGCGAAGGUUCGGUCAUGCGGGGCGAUGUCGGUCGAUCGGCGGAGGAUACGACGUCGGGGCAGAAGAAGCAGUGUGCGAGGAGGGCGCCGAGGGCGGAGGGGGGGAAGAAGAACAACCCGUGGACCUUGGAGGAGCGGAUAGCGUUGGCGAGGAAUUGCGCGGAAGACGAUGCCCUCAUGGCCGACGCCAACGGCGUGCAUAAGCACAAGACGCGUGCCAAAAGAUACGAAUGGAUCGCAGAUCGAUUGAAGGAGGAGGGGUACAACAGGACAGCGGAGGACUGCAGGAAGAAGUGGACGAAACUCAAGGAGAUCGUUAGCCAGAUCGGGGACAAGUGCUACAGGUCAGGGGAGGCAGGCUACUUCAACAUGACCACAGAGCAGCGAAGGGAGAAGGACGUCUGCACAACGUUCGAGGAGCCUCUUUGGGAUGCGAUGGAGUGGUGGCGAUUGAAGAAGUCGUACACGUGCGACGCCACUCUCGCUUCAGAGGACCUGGCAAGUGGCGGAGGGAGCGGAUCGGGGCGCAGCGGUGGCGUUAGUGAUGGGGGUGAAGGUGGAGGGGGUGACUUGUUGGGGCAGGGCCAGGGUGGGACCGGACCGGGGCUUGCUGGUGGAGGGAGCCGAUCGGGCGAGAUCGGGGAGGGAUCGGAACCGGGGAAGGAGGCGUAGGAGGCGGUUCGACGAGGGGUGGGGGUGUCGCAUCCGAUGGCGGUGGCACGGACGCUUCGGACACGAGUGGCAGGUCGCGCAGGACAUCGUCGGGUAGGGUGCGUGGCGACGCACCCACAUCC